AGAAGGAGAAGAGUUCCUUAUGGCCAACGCAUCUUUCCCCUUUUGCUUCGGCUUAGACUUUUUUCGCAGAUAAGAACCACUUCCCUCUCUCCCUUCCAUUCUCUAAAAUCACGAACACUGUUCUUCUUCGUCAUUCAAUCGACCCCAAGAACAGAAGAAUCAUGGGCGCUGGAGUUCUUGAGGAGGAAGAUAACCGAUGGCCGCCAUGGCUGAAACCUUUGCUCCGUGAAAGCUUCUUCGUUCAAUGCAAGUUUCAUGCCGAUUCCCAUAAGAGUGAAUGUAAUAUGUAUUGUUUGGAUUGUAUGAACGGCGCUCUCUGUUCUCUCUGCCUUGCUUAUCACAAAGAUCAUCGCGCCAUUCAGAUUAGGAGGUCAUCGUACCACGAUGUCAUAAGGGUAUCAGAGAUUCAGAAAGUUCUCGACAUUACCGGCGUUCAAACCUACAUUAUCAACAGCGCGCGGGUCGUGUUCUUGAACGAACGGCCACAGCCAAGGCCAGGCAAAGGCGUGACGAACACCUGUGAGGUCUGCGAGCGCAGCCUUCUCGAUUCUUUCCGAUUCUGCUCUCUGGGUUGCAAGAUUGUGGGAAUAUCGAAGAAAUUCGUGAAGAAACGGCCGGCAAUGGGAUCAGAUUCAGAGGAUUCUUCGUCGUACAGCAGCAGCAGAAACAAGAACAGAGUGGUGCUGCAGAGCUUCACGCCAUCAACGCCACCACCAACUUUGGUUAGUUACAGAACGGCCAAACGAAGAAAAGGGAUUCCACACAGAGCGCCAAUGGGUGGACUCAUAAUCGAAUAUUAAAAA